UUCGAAGAGCACUCCUCGGUGUCCUCUGACGAAGAUCCAUCCAAAGAAUACUAUUGUAUCUCAGCUUUCCACCAGAUGCACUGCCUCGCCAUCAUUUUCAAUGCCCUGUACUCAAAGAACCAUUCAGAUCAUCAUCAUAGGGACGAUCAUAGCGAUCAUACCAAGCACUGCAUCGAUUAUCUUCGACAGUCCAUAAUGUGUGCGAGUGAUGCGACGCUUGAGGGCUCAGGGGUGCUAGGGGGAGGCAGGAACCGGGCUGUCGACGGGUGGAACAAUACGCAUCAGUGUCGAGACUGGGAUAGCCUGUAUGACUUUGCAUCACGCCAUCGCAUGUUGGAUUCGGACGGUAUUGUGUAA